AUGGGCCACGAUAUUGCUAAGCGCGCCAUGAUAGUAACUUGCAAAGCUACUGGUCUUAGCACUACUACUAUUUCAGAGUUAUCUGGCUUUUCGACGCGCACUGUCAACCGCGUAUAUGAAAGAGCCCUUGAAAAUGGCUUUGACCCAGACUCGCGUCCUUGGAAUAUUUCUGAGGCGAUGCUAGCUGAUGCCCCUCGGUCUGGGAGGCCGACAAAGCAGACGCUAGAUGUGCAAACUCGGGUGCUUUCGAAAGUACAAACUGACGAGAACGGCCACGGAAAAACCUGCGCUGAUAUUGCGGGGGAAAUGAGCCUCGAAGGACAUGACAUUUCUUCGAAUACUGUCUGGCGGAUCCUGAAAAAAGCUGAAUCACAAAAAAAGACACCUACCGAUAGCCUGGUUUAA